AUGGACACUCCACCAGCUGAACUUCCGCUAAAGAAGAUCCGAGAACUUGAAGCUGGAGAUGCCAACCUUGAAGAAGACGAAGAAGAAAUGGAAAAAUUGAUUGUUUGUGGACCUGGUUCUGGCAUCAGAAAUGAUUGUGGACCAAGUAACCAGAUGUCUGAGUCACAUUCAUCAUAUCCGGUUCAAAGAACAAGAUUGUCCAGUCCAACGGGAAAAGGUGGUCCUGGGGGUCAAGAUGGAACCCUGAUAACGUGUUCAUCUUCAUUCACAGCCAGAGAUGAUAGUAUCUUUGAUCUUCCAAGCGCUCUACUGCAAAGUGCAAUUUGUAAAAAUAAACAGUAUUUGAAUAUCUUGCAGUCAAUGGAAAUGCUUGGUCGUAGUUCCCUCGGUCCCAUCAUCGAGGAGUGCGACUUUACUGAAGCGAAGGAAAUAAUACGCAGGAGUGCUUCUGGAGAAUGUUGGACAGGGCAAUUCCCCGUCAGGAAUAAACAAGGACGUCGAUUUCAUAUCAUUGCAACCCACACCCCAUUAUAUGACGAUUUUGGUAUCUUGGUUGGGGUAGUCUGUUUAGGUUAUGAUUCUCAGCCCUUUCUAGAAAUAUCUCCAUUUUCUGCCGGAAUAAAUCUAUCUCCUGAAGCAGCAUAUCCCAGCUAUAUAGGCAUAGGGUCGCCUAAAAUUGGUCCGACAACAACUACGGGUCUGCUGGCACCUCAGCAGAAAACUUUGAAAGAUGCGAUUGCUUCCAAUUUGACCGAUCUGACCUUAAGAAUAAUUAAAAAAGUCCGGGCGAUGACAACUUGUGAGAAACGAGAAACCCAAGGUGUAGACACCGUUGGCUCUGACGAAAGGGAGGAUUCCCCGGAGGAAAGAUCCCGGGGAAAACAGUCUGGGAUCAGCGAGAUGAUAACAUCCGCGGGGAAGGGGAUAUCAAGCUUAUGGAAAGGAAGUGAACAAAAUGGAUCGUUAACAAGUACUACACCAUCUCAUCGUGUCCCUUUCAGCUUGAAUCAUGAACCAGAAGUUGAUAUAGUCCAAUCGAAGAGUUUUCAGAGCUCACAGAACCACGCCGUGGAAAGUGACCGGACAUGA